AUGCCAUUUCGCCUGUUUCUGGUCGUGGUAUUUUGCCUGGACGCUUAUGCAAGAAACUUGACAAGUCAUAAUGGAUGUGUUGUCGAUCCAGCCCGCCCCUGUGAUUUCGUAAACUCAACCUGGGUUCUCGAUGACAACCCCUAUUUCCUAUGGCCCUUUGACGAGGAUGAAGCUGUCGCCAAAAAUUGGACCCAAUUCGAGGACGCCCAAAUCGAGGCCAUUUCCAAAUUCUGUUCGGUUGGCGACUAUCAGCAUCGGCUGCUCCUUGCCCACUUCCACUGGAUGGCCAAGGACCAAAUUCUACUUGAAGAAAUCCGGAAAUAUUUCGGCUUAACUCCACGCAGAAAUGGUAAUACCCUAAAAGAAGCGAUUAUGGCCUGCGAGCUGCACAAAUUCGAGCAGGCUAGCAGCGGAUUCUUGGAGUCGGUGAAGAAAAUGGAGGCGGACAUGGCAAAGCAUUUGGUGGCU